CCACAAGCUGGAGAGACAAACAUCCGUUUGUGGCCCAGGCAGUUUAUCUGGGCCCUCCAUCUUGACUGUUCCAGACUUCAGAGGCCGUCAGUCUAAAGCGCGUUCAUCAUCCACCAUCCAUCCCAAGAUUCCUCUCGACUGUGCCAUUACUGGAGUCUUGAUUCAAGCAAACGGUUCUUACUGUGGAUGUAGGUCACCAACACAUGACCAGGGUGGCCUGAGUCCUCCACCAGAAACAAAUCAUAAGAGGAAAAGAACAAAUACAAAGGCUCAAACACUGCUCUGGCCAGCUGGGCAGGAGACAUAUGAGGAAAAAGGACACAGAUCCUUCUGGACAGGGAAGUCUGAUCCGUUGAUGCCUGGAUCCAAUCAAAGGGGUUUAUGGUCUUCGGAGCAUUUUGUGGUGAGACAUGGAGCCCAUCAGCAUGACCACCCUGCCAAAUGCCUCAAACACAGACCAAGGCCACUGCAAGGGACAAUGCAGGGUGAUUCUGAUAACACUCUAUGGCGUGGUUUUGCUCGGAGGCACUACUGGAACAGUAUUGAUGUCACGUAUGAUGUUCAAAAGGAAAAGCCAAUCAAUGAUUGCCAUGAUCGUUGUCAAUAUCAUAGUGCUGCACUCAGUCCUCCUGGUCAGCCUUCCAUUCCGCCUCAGCUAUUAUAUCUUAGAGGUCUGGGAGUUUGGAACCUUUCUCUGCCGAUUGGUCAGCAGCAUAUUAUAUGGUCAUAUGUACGUCACCUUUUUUUUCUACGUGGCCAUUGUCAUACUCCGAUUGCUCAUCUAUUUUAAGAAACUCCACAUGCAACAGUUGCAAAAGUGCCAUGCGGUAGUUUUAAGCAUUGUUAUUUGGACCAUGAGCGGCCUCAUUUUUUUGCCAAUAUUAUUUUUACAAUAUGGUAUAAAUCCAAGUUACUCAAAACAACGACGAUGCUUUGAGUUCUACAAAGAUAUCAACCGCAGAGAAUUCAUUAUCUUGAACUACUCUAUGAUUGUCAUCAUGAUCACAACGGUUGGGGUCCUCUUCCUGAUACAGAUGGGCGUCAUUCUCCAACAGACAAAAGCUCUCUGGCCUGACAUGUGGGCCCAUCAAGACUAUAGAGCUCAAAUCAAGAGCUUCUUCUUCCUCCUAGUAAUAGUGGUCUGUUUUAUACCCCAUCAUGUAUUCCGGGUACACUUUAUUCAAAAUUACUCAGAGAUAGACAAUUCUGAGUUAGUUCUUUAUAAUGAAAUUUUUGUUGCUUUAACUACUGUCUGUUGCCUGGAUAUGGUGUGCUUCAUAGGUGGAGUUAUCCAUUAAAUACUCCUCAUCACUUG